UUGUCAAAAGAAAUAAAGAUCCAGUCUUAUAGUGAUGAUUUGUUUUUCAUUGAAGCUGAUGGGGUAAAUAUUAUCCAGGAAUGAUAACAAGUCGCCAAAGAUAAGUUCUGCACUAAAGUAUUAAUGGCCAAACUACCGAAUGGCUGGCUUCAGCUGGUACCUUUCUGAAGGCUUCCAGGUUAUAAUCGAGAAGUCAAAGGAAGCAAAAUGCUCUUUGCAAGAUGUACAGUUGCGUUUCUUGUGCCCUGACGAUUUAGAAGAAGUGAGGAGUUUGUGCAGAGAAUGGUUCCCCAUAGAGUACCCUCAGUCGUGGUAUGAAGACAUCACUUCAUCAGAGAGAUUCUUUGCUCUGGCAGCAGUAUACAAAUCACAGAUCAUUGGUCUCAUAGUAGCAGAAAUUAAGCCGUAUUUGAAGCUUAACGCUGAAGACAGAGGGAUAUUAUCAAGAUGGUUUGCCUCUAAGGACACACUUGUUGCUUAUAUAUUAUCUUUAGGGGUGGUCCGCUCAUACCGGCGCUCCGGAGUGGCCACACUUCUGCUCGAUGUGUUGCUGAGCCACCUGGCGGGCGCUGCGCCACAGCCGCCGCACGACCACCGCGUCAAGGCCAUCUUCUUGCACGUGCUCACCACCAACACUGAAGCUAUACACUUCUAUGAACAAAAGAGAUUCCGUCUGCACUCGUUCCUCCCCUACUACUACUCGAUCCAGGGCCGCAACAAGGAUGGCUUCACGUACGUGUACUACGUGAACGGCGGACACGCGCCGUGGGGCAUCUACGACUACGUGAAGUACGUGGCGCGCGCGGCGUGGCGCGGCGGCGGGCUCUACCCCUGGCUGUGGGGCAAGCUGCAGGCCGCGCUCACUAUCGCGUGGCACAGGAACGCCUACAGAUUUUAGUGGCGCGUCGCGUACUCCGCAACCCAGUGCCAGUUUUAGUUUGACGACGAAAAGUCGUAUAUUUAAUAUUUAAAAGUAUUUAUGAAUGUAUUAUUAUUUUAUAUAUUUUGACAUAAGUAUAUUUACAUCAUGUUUGCAUAGAAAUCGACAAAGAUAUAUGUGAUAAAUUUUAGUUAUACACUGAGAUAGGAGAUCAUUAUUUUCUUGUAUUUUUGAGAUAUUUGGCAUGAGUUUGUGCAAUUACCUACAGUCUUAUUGACCGAGAAAUGUAAGAGACAAGACGAAGAAGGCAUUGAAAUGUUUCUGAUAUACAUAUAAAGUUGUAUGUGUGCCAUGGAUAACUGCCAAGACAUUUAAAGUAAGGUGCCUGUGUGUUCAGUGUAGGAAUUGUGAAUAAACAUUAAGAUAUGUAUUCAAUUACAAUCAAGAACUACAUUAGUACGGUCUAUUAAGGGUAUUCAGCAAUAAAAUAUACUCAUUUUUACU